AGUGCGCAGGCGCGGCGGACGCGCGCGGCCCGCUAGGCCUCGCUGUGCGGGAUCGCGGGCUCGGUCCCCAUGGAGCUGCCGUAGCGGAGCUCGCGCGGUCGGGGCACCGGGGAUGAGCUCCGCGGAGGCCGACGGCUGGGCGUGGCUGCUGGUGCUCAGCUUCGUGUUCGGGUGCAAUGUCCUCAGGAUCCUUCUUCCGUCCUUCUCCUCCUUCAUGUCCAGGGUGCUGCAGAAGGAUGCAGAGCAGGAGUCCCAGAUGAGAGCCGAGAUCCAGGACAUGAAGCAAGAGCUGUCCACUGUCAACAUGAUGGAUGAGUUCGCCAGAUACGCCAGGCUGGAAAGAAAGAUCAACAAGAUGACAGAUAAGCUCAAAACUCAUGUGAAAGCGCGGACAGCUCAAUUGGCCAAGAUAAAAUGGGUUAUAAGUGUUGUUUUCUACAUAUUACAAGCUGCCCUGAUGGUCUCGCUCAUUUGGAAGUAUUAUUCUGUCCCUGUGGCUGUGGUGCCGAGUAAAUGGAUAACUCCGCUAGACCGCCUGGUGGCAUUUCCCACCAGAGUAGCAGGUGGUGUCGGAAUUACCUGUUGGAUUUUAGUCUGUAACAAAGUUGUGGCUAUCGUGCUUCACCCUUUCAGCUGAAAAAGAAGAUGAAUACAGCUAUGAUACUUUUAAACAUGGAUUUUCACUUAGUUUAAAAAUCUGAUUUGUACUUUUUUUUUUUUUUUUUUUUUUAAGAAACGAAAGCACACAGGUUAGUUCUUUUGUUGAACCUGUUUGUUUUUGGACUUUAUGUGAGAUCCUUAUAAGAACGACAGUUUGUACACGUGUCAUUGAGCCGGGAGGGCCUGUGUACCGGCCAGCAGAGUGCCAGGUUUGUGCUAAGAAGUGUGUGAUGUGAGGGGCAUGUACACGUUACUAGCGAUUUGCACUCUUGGCGUAUUUUAAAGGUCACAUGGCUAAUUGGAAAGUCAAAAUUUUCUAAUAACUUAAGUCCUUCAAAGACUUCGUGUUAUUUUUAAUCCAGAUUAGAAAGCAACUUAAUAUUACUACUAGAAUUUGAAAAUUUGUUUUUUUUACCUCAUGCGGUACUACUAAGAGGAUAACACUAACUGACAUCGCCUGUGCUUUUUUCUUCUGUUUAAAAUGUCGUUUGUCAGGCAAGCCUUUGUGUAGUAUUAUCUACUUAUUUGAAGCUGUUAAUUUUUCAUAACCGUGUUUUGUAAAUAUGUUCACGAGACCACAAUGCAUUGCUUUGUGCUUAAAUUGCAUGUUUUGUAUUUAAAGCAUUUCCAAUGAAGUAUAUUUUAUAAGCAUUUAAUAUUUAUGCUUCAUAGAAUGAAACAAAGAUAAAAACUAAACUAGGAAGCCUGAUUAAAUUAAUUUAAAUGGAUACGUGUUGCCCAUAAAGUUUAAUUUUGCUAAAUAUUUUUAAAUAUACCUUUUCUAAUUAAAAUCUUUGCAAGUACUUAUGCGACUUCCUUCCUUACAGCCACUUAGUUGCUAUGACCAAUCUGUAACUGAUGAGUGGCAGGGGACUUUAACCAUGAACUAAGUGGCCAUGUUAAAGCUAAAUUCUAUCGCUAGUUUUUAAAAGAUCAUAUUUGUAUUCUCGCGUUCCCCAAUAAUCUAAUACGUAGCUCAUUAUUUCUGUUAAUUGUACUGCGAACAGACAAAAUGCUGUGCUUACUUUAGUUUAUUGUUGUGAGAAUGGGUUUCAGGUCCCCCUGACCAUUCAGACUAAGCUGGCACCAAGUAGACAUGGCUUUAGGAAAGGCUGCAGGUCAGGGAACACAGCUGUAUUUAUAGCUUCCUGGGGGACCUGGACCCCCAGCUUCCACUGCCCCAGUCUCCUCGCAGGGCACAUUCUGGCCACAGGGGGUGAGAAGGCAACCUGGCCGCGAGAUGACAGCAGCACAGGGAGGCUGUGGGGUCUGGGGUCCCUCAGAGGCCACAGGCCUGACAGCCAGUUUCAGUUGCUGCAGGCAUAAAUGUCCCGGGGUGCAGGCGCAGAGGGUGGCCAGGCGCAGCCUGCAGGGACGUCCUGGGAACACUACUCUGUAGGAGGGCUCUCUGAUGAGACCCUUACUUAGCUCCUGAGAAUACGUUCUUUUAGUUAAUACCGCAGAAAUUGUGAGAAAUAUCACUGAGGCUAGAGGAAAAGACUCAGCGUUCACAGCUGUUAACACCUUCCACGUACAUUAAUAGUUCGUGAGGAUUAAAUAGGGGAAAUGUAACUGUCAUGUUUCAUAUCAUGGUAGGUUUUCAAACGCUGUUUGUUUUUAAGUAGGUAAUAAACGUGGUACUGAAUUCAAAAGAUACAGAAAGGGAUACACUGAAAGGUAUUUUCCUACCCUUUACUGUUAUGUCACCUAAUUUUCCAUUGUUACCCGUUUCUUAUGAUUCUUCCAAUGAUAUUCCACACAUUUAUGGAUGUUGGUAUGUGUGCUUUUAAAAUAAAAUUCUUUUAAAAUUAUUAUAA